GAUGCCGCUGGACGAUGAGAGAAAGUGGAGCCAGACGCUCUGAGCUGCAGCGAUAAGACAAAAUGAAGACACCUAUGCGCCAUGGGAUAGCCGUGCUCCUCGUGCUCCUCCUGUGCGCCAGCUUGUUCCUCGUGUACAACGGCAGCUUCACCGGCGCUUCCAGGGACACUAACGACACGCGCAUCCGGCAGAAUGAGCAGCUGCGGCGGCCCACUGAAGCCUCGGUCAGGGUGGCCAAGCCUCACCCCCCGGUCCUCCAGGGAUACAGUGGCAUCAUCGACCAUAAGCCUCCCAGGAUGCACUGCCAGACCUGCGCCCUGGUGACCAGCUCAGGUCACCUCAUCGGAGGAGGCCGGGGCGAAGAGAUCGACCAGGCCGAGUGCGUCAUCCGCAUGAACGAUGCCCCGACCUCCAGAGGCUACGCCCGGGACGUCGGCCGCCGCACCUCCCUGCGCGUCAUCGCUCACUCCAGCAUGCAGAGGGUCCUGCGGAGUCGCCACGAGCUGCUCAACGCCAGCCAGGACACGGUGUUCAUCUUCUGGGGCCCCAGCAGCUACAUGAGGCGGGACGGGAAGGGCCUGGUGUACAACAACCUGAGACUGAUGAACCAGGUGCUGCCCAAACUCAAAGUCUACAUCAUCUCCUGGCAGAAGAUGCUGCAGUUUGAUGAGCUCUUCAAGAAGGAGACCGGCAAGGACAGAAGGAUAUCAAACUCCUGGCUGAGUACCGGCUGGUUCACUAUGACCAUCGCCCUGGAGCUGUGCGAUAGGAUCAAUGUCUACGGCAUGGUUGCCCCUGACUUCUGCAGGGAGCCUCAGCACCACUCCGUCCCUUACCACUACUACGAGCCACGUGGUCCAGACGAGUGCGCCAUGUACAUUUCUCAUGAGCGCGGGCGGCGGGGCAGCCACCACCGCUUCAUCACGGAGAAGCGGGUCUUCGCUAACUGGGCUCGGACUUUUGACAUCCACUUCUACCAGCCGGACUGGAGCCCCCCGCCUCUCCCAGCCAACCGGACGCUGGAGGGGACGGUCACAGCGGCGCCACUGGUGCCCCAGAAGACGUGACCUGUAUUGUGGUGAAGAAAAAUACUUAGGGAUUCAUCCAAGAAAGACUUAAGAUAGGGGAACAUUUGCAUUGAGGCCAGCUGGACCUUAAACGGAGAGGAUAAAACAUAACAAGACGAAUACAUGAAGACUGAGUCUUGUUGAUCCUGCUGGACAUUUGUUCUGAACAUUUCUCCAGCUCCAGCAGUGUGUUCUGUUUACUGAGGUGAACCAGUUCAAAGUUGUACAUCACUUGUACAACCUUGUACAGUUUAUACAAGGCGGCAACAUCAUUACACACUCCACUCUCAAUGCAUGCAUGCACUGUUUCAUACUGUGGCUCCUUCUUGUCUUUGUGUGAGUGUGUGUACCCUGAGGAUACAAAACUUGAGUUUUAGCUCUCCACAAAGCUGGACGAAGGAUCUAUGCAGGAUUCACUGCUUACAGGUCACUGAAAGAAAAGCACCAUAACAAUGCCCGUACCUAACAAUACAGUGCUGGAGAGAGAGCUGUGUACUAAGCUGGAGGCUGAAUACUAAUAAUAGUGUAGUUAAAUUUGGCUGUUUGAAGUGUGAAUCAUCACUAUUCAGAUUCAUACUCAUCUGCAGUUUUCAAAGAUUGAGGAGGUCAAGUCAGAUGAGAUUCUUAAGAUCCCUCUGUCGCGCAACAAAGACUUCUUAAAAGCAGGUAUGAAACACUUCCCUGACUUUCAUUUCUACUGCCUGUCAGAUGUGUGCAUUGUAAGCUCACCCCAGUCACACUUUGCAAUUCAGCUCUUCCCAGCUAAAUGACAAGUGUGUAACAUUAACUGGGAGGUUUUUAUCUCAUGUGUGUGCACCUGCUCGGCCCCGUUCGUAAGUAUCAUAAGGCUUUGUCGGCUCUGUCACCACUUAAUAGCGCGAUUUAUAUAGCUACAAGCAGGAUUUCCAUGUAAAUGCACAGCCAUGUCACACAAGACAAGUGGGAGAUUAAAAUCGAAAGCAGGGAUGCAGCAGCGCCAUCCAUCCUACUAUACAGUAUUCAUCUGCUGCCGCUGCCUGAAUCGCCUCGCAGGAGAAUUACACCGUUUUUUUGUUAAACUGAUGAGUAUGUGAUCUGUCAGUCUUCUCCUCUCUCGCUCUCGAUCGUGUUUUAUGUGCACUCUCCUCUCAUUUGAUGGAGUAUAUGCUGCUUGUAGACUGCCCCUUCUUUUCUCCGAGAUCCUCUAUUUUUCCCUCUUCUCACUCUCUAUCAUGAAUAAGAAUCAGGUGUCGGUCUGUGGAAAGUGUUGAGACGUGUGGUUAUCUUAGCGAUACAUCCUGGUGCUAAGUCUUUAUUGAUUUUGCCCUCAUCACUGCAAUGUGAGUAAUGAGAGGAGGGAUGCAGCGGGUCAGAUACAAAGGUGCUCACACCACGAGGACAUGUUUGACAACACGUUUCCUCGGGGGAGACGAGGACGAGAUUACUUUUCAUACAUCACAAACAGCUGCAGGAGUGAUGCUACUGUACUGAGAGUCCUGCUGCUGACUUUGUGCUGUAACAAAGAUAUGCGUUGGUUUUCUAGACACUCAAAUGGCUGUGCACAACAGUCAUAUUUUUGAGUCAUAGUAUGUAAUUUGGGGCUGUGACGACUGGCUAUUUUCACUUUAGAUUAAUUGUUCGGCCUAUAAAAGAGUGAACAUUGUCAAUCAUAAGUUCCCAGAGUCGAGGGUAACAUUUACUCAAUACAAACAACAGUUCAAAACCCAAAGAUAUUCAACUGGCAGUGAUAAAAAAAACCAGAGAAAAGCAGAAAUCCUCACAUUUGACAAGGUGAAAUCUGUGGAAUAUUUUAAAUGUUUGCUUCAUGAAUACUUAAGGGAAUAGUUUGACAUUUUGCAAAAUAUAAUAAUUUCUUGCAGCGGGAGAGAAAGCUGAAAGGCUUGAUGCAUCUCUCGUGUCUGGAGCCAGCAGCUGGUUAGCUUAGCAUAAAGUAGAAACUGAAAUGUAAAAGACAAUUUGCUUUUUUACUGGAGGCUAUGCACCGAACUGUGCAUGUUCCUGUGUGCCAGCCAAGAAAUAUUACAGCACAUGACCCGACAUAAAACGUCAAGUUGUCAUUUUUACUCUUACAUUAGUUUUUGUAGGGAUAAAAAAAGAAAUCAAGAGUGAGCUGGUUGGUGGAUUGUGCUACAUUUGGACAAUGGGGGAAUAUAAUUAAGUACUUUUACAAAAGUACAUAACAUAAGUAAAUCUGACACACUGCAUUUCAGAGGAAUUAUUGUUCUUUUUACUCCACUACAUUUAUUUGAUGUUUAUCGUUAUUUUCUUCAUACAAAAGUUGUAUAAAAUUGGCUUCACACUGAUUAACUACAAUCUUAAAAUGUAACGCUUUGAAAGAUGUUAUUUUGUAGAAUGAGAAUGUUUUCUUUUGGUACUUAAAAGCUGCAGUGUGUGACUUUUACACAUAAAUAAACAUUUGUUGCAUUUAAGCCUGUUGCCACCAGAGGCAGCUCGUUGUGCUGUCUGGUGUCUCGGGAGACAUUUUUAGAAAAACUGCUGUACAGACAAUUUCACUUUUACAUUAACAUUAACAGCCCAAAUGUGUCCCUGUUUUUUUUUUGUUGUUGUUGGUUUUUUGCAAUUUUUGUGAAUGUCAUGAAAUCAGCCGACAGGAAGUGAACAUGGACCUAAGCUGUUGGCUAGUAAUUCAAUUAUAGUGAAACUGGGUCAAAAUUAUAUGUAAAAGUUUCGUACUCUCGUAUCUUUAAGUACAUUUAGCUUAUAAGGUACUUUUAACAUCUUGAAUUGAGGAUUUUUACUUGUAAUUGUGUAUUUUACGACUAUGGUAUUCAUACUUUCACUGCCUAUGGGCAGUCUGAAGUUUGCUGUCUUUCCCCAUUUUCUGUCUUUAUGCUAAGCUAAGCUAAGCUAACUGGCUGCUAACUCAAGCCACAUAUUUACUGUACAGACAUGAGUGGUAUCAAUCUGAAUUUCUGCAAGAAAUCACUUUUUCCAAAACAUCAAACUAUUCCUUUAAAUGAAUAAUCAGUUGUUGCCUAUUCAUUUCCUGUUGCUGGACUAAUUGAAUCAUUUCAGCUCUGAUGUUGUUGAUCUGUUUUCUUUUUGCACAUGAUGGAAACGUAUCAUUCCACUCAAUAAAGUACUUUUAUCAGUAA